CUGUCUAUAAAUAUGCACACCAUCCGUAGUGCUAUCACCAGUGAUAGUUUUAUGUAAGAACGAACAUGAAGGGGACUCUACUAUUGGUAUUAGUGUUGGUUGGCCUUGUAUCUGGAUUUGGUGGUUCUUGGAGACGUCAUAAAUACAAGUACAAAUUGAGUGCAAGAACGUUCAUCACAUCGCCCGAUUCGAAAUGGUCUGGUGUGGCUUAUCGCACCCACCUGUCCAUUCAUCCACAAUCGAACGACCUUCUAAUUGGACAAUUAAGUCAAACCGAGUAUGCCGAAAUUGAUGAUCGCGAAUACGACGAAAUAGCGGAUACGGCUUCGAUUGAAAACGAUCUGAAGUAUGAUGACAGAUCGGACAUGAACAAACCAUUCCGAAUUCAGUUGGAAAACGGUGUAAUUCGAAGAUUAUUCGUUGAUGCUUCAAUGGCAGAGUAUGAAAGCGAUGUACUUAAAGUCAUGCUUAGCGCGUUCCAAGUGAAUACGAACGUCCAAAAUCGCAUUCAGGAAGAGGAUAAUCAUGCCAUGUAUAAGGUAAUGGAAUCAACUGCCACCGGAAACUGUGAAACUCUCUAUGAUGUUUCAACAUUAACCGAUGAUUCGAAUGUUCCAUUGCCCGUAAUGCGGGAUGAAGGUGAACUAAUCCUGAUCACCAAACGCAGAGACAAUAGUAAUUUCUGUGAUAAAAAUACUGGCUACCAGGCUCCUACCACCGAGAAAACGCACCAAGCUUACGUGGAUGAGGAAGUAGGAACGGUAAUUCUUUCUGGUUCAUUGAACAGCUUCACAAUUGAAUCGUCAACGACCAGCCAAACCAUAAGCGUCGAUCAGAAAAAAUCUUUUUAUAAGAAUGUCAAUGUAACAUUGGAAUACGUGGAAUCAGUUGAAGAAAAUGCUGACAAUCUACCAAUUCAACAUGCUCCUGACGGCCUGAAGGAUGUUGGCAGUUUACUUUUAUCGGAUAAUUUAUCAUUUGAUGAGGAUUUGUCGGAUAUGGUGGCUAUGUCGGAUGUGUCUGUCACACAGUUACAAGCAGACAAUGACAUCGAAUUUAAGUGGACCAACUGCUAUUGGUCGUCGACUGCCUCAGCGGCUUGCCAAAAUGACUUAGGCCCUGAAUUCGAGUGGCAUUAUGGCUCUAAGAAAAGUUGUGGUAUCUUUCGCACGGCAUAUUUGUGCAAAAAGACGUAUCCCGGAUGCGUUCAGACUGCUUGCUUCUCGGGCUUUGUACCCCCAAUAACUUGGUGUGAAAAACAAUUUGGGGAUUCUUAUCCAAUCGUCAGUGGAGAAUGUGCUUUUGAUAACGGCUGCUUUUACGGAUUUUAUCGUAAUAGAUGCUGUCCACGUAAAUAAAGUAGCAGAUGUCUGUGUACACGGUUACACCCAAGGUUUCAGAAAAAAAAUCCAAAAUCGAUUCAUCAAGAAAAGUCGACCAUUUUUAACUUUGUACACGGCUACUGUAUUGCGAAAAUAUAAAAAAUAAAAACAUUUGAAAGU